AUGGACAGUGCUCGCUUCGCAUGCGUUCAAUUCCAUGCACCUCUNUGCGCCUUGGCUGGACAAGAACGUUCUUGCUCCGAUCGGUCUGAGUGUCGAUACUCGAUUAGUUACGGUGAUGGGUCCCACAGCAACGGCGAUUUUGCCGUUGAUACCCUCACCAUGGGGUCCACCUCCGGUCGCCCCGUGGCAUUUUCUCGUACUAUGGUUGGUUGUGGUCACGACAGUGGUGGUACUUUUAGUACUAAUGUCUCCGGGAUUGUUGGACUUGGUCGAGGUCCGGCGUCGCUCGUCCCGCAGAUGGGCGCCGCCUCCGGCGGCAAAUUUUCCUACUGUUUGACUCCGAUCGGCGACUCAGCUGAGUCGAGCAAGCUGAACUUCGGCUCUAAUGCUCAAGUAGCCGGCUCUGGAACUGUCUCGACUCCGAUUAAAACCAGUGACCGUUUCGAUUCCUUUUACGCUCUUAACAUAGAAGCCAUGAGCGUCGGGGGCAAAAGAUUUGAAUUUCCGGCGGCUUCCGCCUUGGGCGACGGAUCAAAUGUCAUUAUCGACUCCGGCACCACCCUUACUAUACUCCCAACGGAGUUCUACUCCACCUUCGCAACGGCGAUCUCCAACUCGAUAAGCCUUGAACGAACAGAGGACCCGAAUCAAUUCUUGGAUUUCUGUUUUAAGACCACGAAUUUCGACUUUGUAGUUCCGUCCGUGACGGUGCACUUUGAAGGCGCCGAUGUCCCCCUCCGUCGUGAAAAUGUGUUCGUUAUGGUGGCGGAGAAUGUUGUUUGCUUGGCCUUCCGCGGUGGCGAUGGGCAAAGUAUUUCCAUCUACGGCAACAUUGCACAGAUCAAUUUCAUUGUUGGUUAUGAUGUUACGAGGAACUCUGUCUCCUUUAAGCCGGCGAAUUGUUCGGCUAUGUGA